CUAAGAAAAAAUAAACAAAAAAAAAAAAAAAAUAAUAAACAGAAUUUCCCAAAAACAAAACACAAAUAGAAAAAAAAAACAACACCAAAUAAAAGCUAUUACAUAUUUAUUUAAUAACAACAAGAAAGAAAAAACCCAAAAUAAAAACUUAAAAAAUUAUUUCAUCAUCAAAAAGUUAAAAUUAUAACACCAAACAACAACAACAACAUCCUACCCCCCACAAAAAAAGUUUUUUGCUAACCUCAUUCGAAAAAAAACAACAGCAGCAGCAACUUUAAAACGCACCAAGAAAUCACCAACAACAACAACAACACCAGCAAAACUCCCAGGAUAACUCAUCGCAAAAAGGUCAACCUCUGCUUUUGGAAACCAGUCAAAGAACAUCCAGAGAAAAAAAUAUCGGAAACACACAUUUAUUUUGUAUAGAAAAUAAAUAGAGCAAGGAUAAUAAGGAACAGCAACAACAACAACAAAUAAUCGAUUGAUAUCGAUUAACAAAUACGUGUCUGUGGUGGGCGCUUGUUUGAAAAUGGCGCCUCGGAUAUAGUUGUAACUUUGACGUAGCAGGCGACAUACAUGUGCCUCAUGCCUUGGAAAUCUGAGGCUCUCAUCGUUGGCCGCAUAGACAAUGACAGAAGAUUCCGACUCGAUAUCUGAGGAAGAACGCAGUUUGUUCCGUCCCUUCACCCGCGAAUCAUUGUUACAAAUCGAACAACGUAUCGCUGAACAUGAAAAACAAAAGGAGCUGGAAAGAAAGAGAGCCGCCGAAGGAGAGCAGCCGCAAUAUGGUCGCAAGAAAAAGCAAAAAGAAAUACGAUAUGAUGACGAGGACGAAGAUGAAGGUCCACAGCCGGAUCCCACACUUGAACAGGGUGUGCCUAUACCUGUUCGAAUGCAGGGCAGCUUCCCGCCGGAAUUGGCCUCCACUCCUCUCGAGGAUAUCGAUCCCUUCUACAGUAAUGUACUGACAUUUGUAGUAAUAAGUAAAGGAAAGGAUAUUUUUCGUUUUUCUGCCUCAAAAGCAAUGUGGCUGCUUGAUCCAUUCAAUCCGAUACGUCGUGUAGCCAUUUAUAUUUUAGUGCAUCCCUUGUUUUCGUUAUUCAUUAUCACCACUAUUCUAACUAAUUGUAUUUUAAUGAUAAUGCCGACAACGCCCACGGUCGAAUCCACAGAGGUGAUAUUCACCGGAAUCUACACAUUUGAAUCAGCUGUUAAAGUGAUGGCACGAGGUUUCAUUUUAUGCCCGUUUACGUAUCUUAGAGAUGCAUGGAAUUGGCUGGACUUCGUAGUAAUAGCUUUAGCUUAUGUGACCAUGGGCAUAGAUUUAGGUAAUCUCGCAGCUUUGAGAACAUUUAGGGUACUGCGAGCUCUGAAAACCGUAGCCAUUGUGCCAGGUCUAAAAACCAUUGUCGGUGCUGUCAUUGAAUCUGUAAAAAAUCUACGCGAUGUGAUAAUUUUGACAAUGUUUUCCCUGUCGGUGUUCGCGCUGAUGGGCCUACAAAUCUAUAUGGGUGUUCUAACACAAAAGUGCAUUAAACGAUUCCCCCUGGACGGCAGUUGGGGCAAUCUGACCGAUGAAAACUGGUUUCUACACAAUAGCAACAGUUCCAAUUGGUUUACGGAGAACGAUGGCGAGUCAUAUCCGGUGUGCGGGAAUGUAUCCGGUGCGGGACAAUGCGGCGAAGAUUACGUCUGCCUGCAGGGCUUCGGCCCCAAUCCCAACUACGACUACACCAGUUUCGAUUCAUUCGGUUGGGCUUUCCUGUCGGCGUUUCGUCUCAUGACCCAAGAUUUCUGGGAGGAUCUGUAUCAGCACGUGCUGCAAGCAGCUGGACCCUGGCACAUGUUGUUCUUUAUAGUCAUCAUCUUCCUAGGUUCAUUCUAUCUUGUGAAUUUGAUUUUGGCCAUUGUUGCCAUGUCUUAUGACGAAUUGCAAAAGAAGGCCGAAGAAGAAGAGGCUGCCGAGGAGGAGGCGAUACGAGAAGCUGAAGAAGCGGCAGCAGCCAAGGCGGCCAAACUGGAGGAGCGGGCCAAUGUAGCAGCUCAAGCGGCUCAGGAUGCAGCGGAUGCCGCUGCGGCAGCUCUGCAUCCCGAGAUGGCAAAGAGUCCCACGUACUCUUGCAUUAGCUAUGAACUGUUUGUUGGCGGCGAGAAGGGCAACGAUGACAACAACAAAGAGAAGAUGUCGAUACGCAGCGUCGAAGUGGAAUCGGAGUCGGUGAGCGUUAUACAAAGACAACCAGCACCUACCACAGCACCCGCUACUAAAGUCCGUAAAGUUAGCACGACUUCCUUAUCCUUACCUGGUUCACCAUUUAACCUACGCCGGGGAUCACGUAGUUCACACAAGUACACAAUACGAAAUGGGCGUGGACGUUUUGGUAUACCAGGUAGCGAUCGCAAGCCAUUGGUACUGCAAACAUAUCAGGAUGCCCAGCAGCAUUUGCCCUAUGCCGAUGACUCGAAUGCCGUAACACCAAUGUCCGAAGAGAAUGGUGCCAUUAUAGUACCAGCCUACUAUUGUAAUUUAGGUUCUAGACAUUCUUCAUAUACCUCGCAUCAAUCAAGAAUCUCGUAUACAUCACAUGGUGAUUUAUUGGGUGGCAUGGCGGCCAUGGGUGCCAGCACAAUGACCAAAGAGAGCAAAUUGCGCAGUCGCAACACACGCAAUCAAUCAAUCGGUGCUGCAACCAAUGGUGGCAGUAGUACGGCCGGUGGUGGCUAUCCCGAUGCCAAUCACAAGGAACAAAGGGAUUAUGAAAUGGGUCAGGAUUAUACAGAUGAAGCUGGCAAAAUAAAACACCACGACAAUCCUUUUAUCGAGCCCGUCCAAACUCAAACAGUGGUAGACAUGAAAGAUGUUAUGGUCUUAAAUGAUAUCAUUGAACAAGCCGCUGGUCGGCAUAGUCGUGCUAGUGAACGAGGUGUCUCCGUUUACUAUUUUCCCACAGAGGACGAUGACGAAGAUGGUCCCACAUUCAAGGACAUCGCCCUCGAAUAUAUCCUAAAAGGCAUCGAAAUCUUUUGUGUAUGGGACUGUUGUUGGGUGUGGUUAAAAUUUCAGGAAUGGGUCUCCUUUAUUGUGUUCGAUCCAUUCGUGGAGCUCUUCAUUACCCUGUGUAUUGUGGUCAAUACAAUGUUCAUGGCCAUGGAUCAUCACGACAUGAAUCCGGAAUUGGAGAAGGUGCUGAAAAGUGGUAACUAUUUCUUCACGGCCACUUUUGCGAUUGAGGCCAGCAUGAAACUGAUGGCCAUGAGCCCGAAGUACUACUUCCAGGAAGGCUGGAACAUUUUCGAUUUCAUUAUUGUGGCCUUGUCUCUGCUGGAAUUGGGCCUGGAGGGUGUCCAGGGCCUGUCGGUGUUGAGAAGUUUUCGUUUGCUUCGUGUAUUCAAAUUGGCAAAAUCAUGGCCCACACUGAAUUUACUCAUUUCGAUUAUGGGCCGGACAAUGGGUGCAUUGGGUAAUCUGACAUUUGUACUUUGCAUUAUCAUCUUCAUCUUUGCCGUGAUGGGAAUGCAACUUUUCGGAAAGAACUAUAUUGACCACAAGGAUCGCUUCAAGGACCAUGAAUUACCGCGCUGGAAUUUCACCGACUUCAUGCACAGCUUCAUGAUUGUGUUCCGAGUGCUGUGCGGAGAGUGGAUCGAGUCCAUGUGGGACUGCAUGUAUGUGGGCGAUGUCAGCUGUAUACCCUUCUUCUUGGCCACGGUCGUGAUCGGCAAUCUUGUGGUUCUUAAUCUUUUCUUAGCUUUGCUUUUGUCCAACUUCGGUUCAUCUAGUUUAUCAGCCCCGACUGCCGACAAUGAUACCAAUAAAAUAGCAGAGGCCUUCAAUCGUAUUGCUCGUUUUAAGAACUGGGUGAAACGUAAUAUUGCCGAUUGUUUUAAGUUAAUUCGAAAUAAAUUGACAAAUCAAAUAAGUGACCAACCAUCAGGCAAAGGGGUUUGUCGUUGUAUAUCUGCAGAACAUGGCGAUAAUGAACUGGAGUUGGGUCAUGACGAAAUCAUGGGCGAUGGCUUGAUCAAAAAGGGUAUGAAGGGCGAGACCCAGCUGGAGGUGGCCAUUGGCGAUGGCAUGGAGUUCACGAUACAUGGCGAUAUGAAAAACAACAAGCCCAAGAAAUCAAAAUUCAUAAACAACACAACGAUGAUUGGAAACUCAAUAAACCACCAAGACAAUAGACUGGAACAUGAGCUAAACCAUAGAGGUUUGUCCAUACAGGACGAUGACACUGCCAGCAUUAACUCAUAUGGUAGCCAUAAGAAUCGACCAUUCAAGGACGAGAGCCACAAGGGCAGCGCCGAGACCAUCGAGGGCGAGGAGAAACGCGACGUCAGCAAAGAGGACCUCGGCCUCGACGAGGAACUGGACGAGGAGGCCGAGGGCGAUGAGGGCCAGCUGGAUGGUGACAUCAUCAUUCAUGCCCAAAACGACGACGAGAUAAUCGACGACUAUCCGGCCGACUGUUUCCCCGACUCGUACUACAAGAAGUUUCCGAUCUUGGCCGGCGACGAGGACUCGCCGUUCUGGCAAGGAUGGGGCAAUUUACGACUGAAAACUUUUCAAUUAAUUGAAAAUAAAUAUUUUGAAACCGCAGUUAUCACUAUGAUUUUAAUGAGUAGCUUAGCUUUGGCCUUAGAAGAUGUUCAUUUACCCGAUCGACCUGUCAUGCAGGAUAUACUGUACUACAUGGACAGGAUAUUUACGGUGAUAUUCUUUUUGGAGAUGUUGAUCAAAUGGUUGGCCCUGGGCUUUAAGGUUUACUUCACCAAUGCCUGGUGUUGGCUGGAUUUCGUGAUUGUCAUGGUGUCGCUUAUCAACUUCGUUGCUUCACUUGCUGGAGCUGGUGGUAUACAAGCCUUCAAGACUAUGCGAACGUUAAGAGCACUGAGACCACUACGUGCCAUGUCCCGAAUGCAGGGCAUGAGGGUUGUCGUGAAUGCGCUGGUUCAAGCUAUACCGUCCAUCUUCAAUGUGCUAUUGGUGUGUCUGAUAUUUUGGCUUAUUUUUGCCAUUAUGGGAGUACAGCUUUUUGCUGGAAAAUAUUUUAAGUGUAAAGAUGGUAAUGACACUGUGCUGAGCCAUGAAAUCAUACCGAAUCGUAAUGCCUGCAAAAGUGAAAACUACACCUGGGAAAAUUCGGCAAUGAACUUCGAUCAUGUAGGUAAUGCGUAUCUCUGUCUAUUUCAAGUGGCCACCUUUAAGGGCUGGAUCCAGAUUAUGAACGAUGCCAUUGAUUCACGAGAGGUGGACAAGCAGCCGAUCCGAGAAACCAAUAUCUACAUGUAUUUAUAUUUCGUAUUCUUCAUUAUAUUUGGAUCAUUUUUCACACUCAAUCUGUUCAUUGGUGUUAUCAUUGAUAAUUUUAAUGAACAAAAGAAGAAAGCAGGUGGAUCAUUAGAAAUGUUCAUGACAGAAGAUCAGAAAAAGUACUAUAAUGCUAUGAAAAAGAUGGGCUCUAAAAAACCAUUAAAAGCCAUUCCAAGACCGAGGUGGCGACCACAAGCAAUAGUAUUCGAAAUAGUUACAGAUAAAAAAUUCGAUAUAAUCAUUAUGUUGUUCAUUGGCUUAAACAUGUUUACCAUGACCCUCGAUCGGUACGACGCCUCCGAGGCGUACAACAAUGUCCUCGACAAACUCAAUGGGAUAUUCGUAGUUAUUUUCAGUGGCGAAUGUCUAUUAAAAAUAUUCGCUUUACGAUAUCACUAUUUCAAAGAGCCAUGGAAUUUAUUUGAUGUAGUAGUUGUCAUUUUAUCCAUCUUAGGUCUUGUACUCAGCGACAUCAUUGAGAAGUAUUUCGUAUCGCCGACACUGCUCCGUGUGGUGAGAGUGGCCAAAGUGGGUCGUGUCCUGCGUUUAGUCAAGGGUGCCAAGGGUAUCCGGACGUUGCUGUUCGCGUUAGCCAUGUCGUUGCCUGCCUUAUUCAACAUUUGUCUGUUGCUGUUCUUGGUGAUGUUCAUCUUUGCUAUCUUUGGCAUGUCCUUCUUCAUGCAUGUCAAAGAGAAGAGCGGCAUAAAUGCUGUGUAUAAUUUUAAGACAUUUGGCCAAAGUAUGAUAUUGCUGUUUCAGAUGUCUACCUCAGCCGGUUGGGAUGGUGUGUUAGAUGCCAUUAUCAAUGAGGAAGAUUGCGAUCCACCCGACAACGACAAGGGCUAUCCGGGCAAUUGUGGUUCAGCGACUGUUGGAAUUACGUUUCUCCUUUCAUAUCUAGUUAUAAGCUUUUUGAUAGUUAUUAAUAUGUACAUUGCUGUCAUUCUCGAGAACUAUAGCCAGGCUACGGAGGAUGUACAGGAGGGUCUCACCGACGACGACUACGAUAUGUACUACGAGAUUUGGCAACAAUUCGAUCCGGAGGGCACCCAGUACAUACGCUACGACCAGCUGUCCGAGUUCCUGGACGUGCUGGAGCCGCCGCUGCAGAUCCACAAGCCGAACAAGUACAAAAUCAUAUCGAUGGACAUGCCGAUAUGUCGGGGCGACAUGAUGUACUGUGUGGAUAUAUUGGAUGCCCUGACCAAGGACUUCUUUGCGCGCAAGGGUAAUCCGAUCGAGGAGACGGGUGAAAUUGGUGAGAUAGCGGCGCGACCGGACACCGAGGGCUAUGAUCCGGUGUCGUCGACACUGUGGCGCCAGCGUGAGGAGUACUGCGCCAAGCUGAUACAGAAUGCGUGGCGGCGUUACAAGAAUGGCCCACCCCAGGAGGGUGAUGAGGGCGAGGCGGCUGGUGGCGAAGAUGGUGCUGAAGGCGGUGAGGGUGAAGGCGGCAGCGGCGGCGGCGGCGGUGAUGAUGGUGGCUCAGCGACGGCGGCGGGAGCCACAUCACCCUCAGAUCCAGAUGCCGGCGAAGCAGAUGGUGGCAGCGUCGGCGGCCCCCUUAGUCCGGGCUGUGUUAGUGGCGGCAGUAAUGGCCGCCAAACGGCCGUACUGGUCGAAAGCGAUGGUUUUGUUACAAAAAACGGUCAUAAGGUUGUAAUACACUCGAGAUCGCCGAGCAUAACAUCCAGGACGGCAGAUGUCUGAGCCAGGCCUCGCCCCCCCCUCCAAGAUGCACGCGAGAACUAAAGCGUUAAUUUUCUGCUACUAAAUAAACAACAACAACAAGAAUACAAAUGUACACAUUUUACACAACAACAACAAGAACACUGUACAACAAC